AAAAUGGAUCAAUUUGGAAGUAGUGGUAGUCCUCAGGCACCUUUGUCUGUGUUCGAACCAAUGUCGAAUUUCACAGCUACAGCACAAACACCAGCGUCAACGUCACAUCAUAAUAGCUCGUCAAAUGAACCUUCAUCAAUUAUUGGACCUGGAUCUGUAUUUUCAAGUUCUGUUAUUACUGGUUUAGGAUCGAUGGGACCUGGUUCUACUAUUUGUUCUGGUUCUGCAUUUCCUUUUAAUGGUCCAGCAUCUGUUUUAGGUAGCAAAUUAGAUCAAGAUAAAAAUCCAUUGUCAAAUGCAUCAGGAUCAAAUAGACUAGACUUACCAAAAACACCAAUGAGCAUAAUUAAUAAUGAUUUUUCAAUCGAAGGUUCCAAAAUAUUACCUCCUCAAUCAAAUAUAGCAAUGACAGUGAUUGGUCAGUCUCAUUCAGUUAUAGAAGUUGAUGUUCCUCUACCGACACUACAAAAUAUUGUAUCAACAGUUAAUUUAGGCGUCUCUUUAGAUCUCAAAAAAGUAGCACAGUCUGCACGUAAUGCUGAAUAUAAUCCAAAGCGUUUUGCUGCUGUAAUUAUGCGUAUUCGGGAACCUAGAACUACUGCAUUGAUUUUUUCUUCAGGUAAAAUGGUUUGUACAGGCGCGAAAAGUGAAGAUUCUUCUAGACUAGCAGCGAGGAAGUAUGCAAGAAUUAUACAAAAAUUAGGUUUUAAUGCAAAAUUUACAGAAUUUAAAGUUCAAAAUAUGGUUGGUAGUUGUGAUGUAAAAUUUCCAAUACGUCUUGAAGGUUUAUGUGUUGCUCACGCUCAAUUUAGUACCUAUGAACCAGAGCUAUUUCCCGGCCUUAUUUAUCGUAUGGUUAAGCCAAGAGUUGUUUUAUUGAUAUUUGUCAGUGGUAAAGUUGUUAUUACGGGAGCAAAGUUUAAAAAAGAUAUAGACGAGGCGUUCAAGCAAAUAUAUCCUUUGUUAAAAAAUUUUAAAAAAUAG